GAUUCUAGUGUUAGAUGAGCGGGUUUAAAUCAUAGAGCUCUCUUUCUCUUUCUUUCGGUCUUUGUUUGUCCUGUAGUGUCCCUGACUUCAGCUUCAGGCUUCAAACUGAAAGCACAGAAGAAAAAGCUUUGAGAGUUUCUUCAAGAAAACAAUACCAGGGCACAGGGAUAUCUGGAAACCUCACAAUGGAUGGAUUGAAGACAAAGUGUUGAGUUCUCCCACGGUUGUCUCUGAAUGAUACAGAGGAGUGUUGGGAUGUCGUGGCUGAUGUGGGUGUGGGCCAGUGUGACAGUCCUGCUGAUGUGCGAGGCCACGUUCUAUGAGACCAUACAGCAGCACCUGGCGCCGCCCGGAACCAACAUACAGAUCCUCGAAGGCGGGACAUGCGAAGUGAUCGCGGCACACAGGUGCUGUAACAAGAACAAGAUUGAAGAGAGAUCUCAGACAGUGAAGUGCUCCUGUUUACCGGGGAAAGUGGCAGGAACCACCAGGAAUAAACCCUCUUGUGUUGAUGCCUCCAUAGUGAUUGGGAAGUGGUGGUGUGAGAUGGAGCCCUGUCUGGAGGGAGAGGAAUGCAAGACUCUGCCAGACAACUCAGGCUGGAUGUGCUACUCCGGGAACAAGAUCAAAACCACCAGGAAUACCCACCCAUACACAUCCUUGUAGCAUAUGUAGGCCCUCCGCUGAGGAACUUUAUAAAGGGAAACAUCCAAGAAGAGAAACUAAAUCAUGUUUAUUCCAACUCUAAAACAACAGCCAUUUCUCUUAUGACUUGAUACACAUAAAGGAUCAUCCUCUGCUGAUAAGUCUAUCUGUCUGUGACGCUGAGAAUCAAGGACACCAAACUCUCCAAGAACAUCUUUGUGGGCAAAGAACACUUUUUUUUUGUUGUUUGUUUGUUUUUGUUUGACAACUGUCAAAUAUCUGUUUUUGCCCUGUGAGUCUUGGAUAAUUAAACACAUAUCCCUUUGUGUGGCGUGCAUUCAAACCAGCUUUACUUUGCCUGAAAUAUUCUUCAGCUGUAUUAUUAUUGGAUGUUCUUCUUUCUCCAGAAGUGGCUGAACAAGUUAAUUCUCCUGCUGUAUGUAGUGAAACUGGCUUCUUAUUUUAUAUACAAGCAACAUUGUCAGAGGGAGAUUGACUUUCAUCAACCAACAUUAAAGAAGACACUUUGUACAGAACAGAAUGCUGAGGAGGACAUGUACUGUGCAUGGAAUGAUUGAUCCUAUCCAUUCCUUCCACAGAUGGCUCUCUGUUUCCCGGAAAACUAUCUCAGAGUUAAAGACUUUUGAACGAACUGUUAUGAUGUAAUACUAAAACCAAACGUCCUUGGCAUUAUUUCAGAGAAUGGAAAACUUUCAAAAUAGGUGGAAGAAAUGUUUUACAAGAAUUAAAAUAAUACAGAACAGGUGAGCAUUACUGUAUGUUACAGUUGUAUUUAAUUGUAUGUGCUUGCAAACAAUAGUUGUGAAAAGCAAUGGGUGAGAAAGUGCACUACAGCAGAAGAACAGACCUGUUUAUGUAUUCUUGUUCACUGUUCCUAAUUCAGUUUUUUUGGUUGGUUACAUUUUUUAAAUUUUGUUUUUUUUUAUUAUUUAUGGGACUUCAGUUAUAUUUUAACAAAUUGAGCAAUCAAGGCCUAACUGAAGUUUUAUAUAUAAAAAAAAAAAAAAAAAUAACAUGUUUAAUGAAAAGCUAAUAGACCAUCACUUUGGCUUUAUCAAUAUUUAAAAGUUGUGGAUUUAUACUGAAAUUAAUGAAGCUUGAUUGAAAUAUGCUGGUGUAUGCAUAUAUAAAAUGCCAUGACAUUUAAACACUCUAAAUCACAUUCAUUUCCCCUUGUUCAAAUAUAACUUCAUUAAACUGUACAAGACCUAUUAAGACCAUUAUGUAUUUUAGAGGUUCUGGUCUUCUGAAUGGACUGGUUUAAACUAAAAACACCAGUGGUCUGGCUGAGGAUUUUUAAGGAUGGAGAGAGCACUGAAGGACACUGAGAAAAUUCUGAUGCCUGCUGGGACAUUUACCUGUCGUUUUCAUUCAGAUAUAGUCCUCUCCACUCGGAGCAGCUGAGGGCCAGAGCACACACUCACUCUGAAUAUGUAGCUGCAGCAUUUUAAGCAGGGAGCCUGAAACUUAAGAGAUCAGUGUUGCUGUCAGCAUGCAUAAAGGAGGCUCUAACUACAGGCUGAGUGAAUACAGAUCACUACAUUUACAGUCCUCCACAUGGGACAGCGGGGGGUGAGCUUUAGCCCUCACCUUCAGCUGAGCUUUAGUGGAAUUUCAAACAGCUGACAGCCGAGUAUCAGAAUGGAAAAAUGUAUGAACGGUAAUCUUAAGCAAAUAUCAGCAUUUUCGCCUUCAGAGGGAGAGGUCUUUGAUCCACACUCUAUAUUUGGCAAAUGGAAACAGUUCUCUUAGAGAAUCUAAAAAUGUAUAAAGAGUAGGGUACAACGGGGCUAAAGGCCAGCCGUAAGGAACAUUUGCUUUUUUUCUGGUCACAAUGUGUUUCAAGAUUAAUGAAAUACAUUUAUUUUUAUUGAAUAUUGAUGGAGCAACAUAACUUGUGUUAAAAGAAUUAACAACAUAAGGUUGUUUUGAAUACAAUUCUUUUUUUCUUUUUUUAAAAAAAAA